CUCGUGGGGGUGUGUUUGGGACUCCUUGACCUCAACCAAAAGCUUUAACACCGCCUCCUUCUUCUUCGUUCGACCUCUCACCUCUUCUCUCCAGAUUUGGCGUGUCCUUGCUUUUGAGAGGAAGAAAUAAAUGGAUACAAAGGCCGGAGCUUCAAGUUCGGAGGUAGAAGUGAACUGGAAAGAUCAACAGAAUAUCAACGAAUUCAGCAGACUGAACAAUCGUUUCCAUGAGCUAGAAGAUGAAAUCAAAGUUGCUAAGGAAACAACUGAGAAUCUUGAAGAUGCGGGCAACGAGUUAAUUCUCUCAGAUGAGGAGGUAGUGCGCUUCUUGAUAGGAGAGGUUUUUGCACACGUGCCAAGGGAAGACGUAGAGAGCAAGAUAGAGGACAUGAAAGAGGAAACUGGCAAGAAACUGGAGAAACUACUGAAAGAGAAAGCGGCUGUGGCUGCUAAGAUGACUGAGCUGAAAAAGAUUUUGUAUGCCAAGUUCAAAGAUUCCAUCAAUCUUGAAGAGGAUUGACAAAAGAAAAAGGUAUUGCACUCUCUGUAAGUCCUCCACAGUGUCUUCGGAAUGGCGAAUUGCAGUUUUUUUUGCGCAUUUUGCGUCUUGCUGCUUUAUUUUUAGAUUUGAUUUGUAGUAUUUGGAUUCGGCCUGUGAAAUUUGAGCACUCCCUUUUAUCUGGAUUUGUCUAUUGUUAGAAGAAGUUGUACGUCCCAUGUCUUGACAAAUUGUAACGGGUUUCGGAGGAGAAGUGGCCAUUGGAACGAGUGUUCUAAAAACACACUUCAGUUUUUUUGACAUUGGUUAUGGAUGU